GUCCGUUUUUUUCCGCUGCCUACGUCACCACAUUUCAUUGGUAUCGUGGAAAAGCGUGAAAGUAACCUCGAAAAACACCUCAAGAAACUUGUAAGUUAACUUAAAAGUUUACCUAAUGCAUGUUUUUGCGUCUGAAUCUCUGUUUUAAAAUAUUUUAAUGGGGUGGUUUGUCCGAGCCGAAGCUUUGCAGUGUGGUUACCGGAUAUAUCAUGACUGACACACUUGAACGUGUUUUUUUUGCCGGUUGUAUCAGGUUAAAUCUGUGUUUCAGGUGGAAGAUGAGGGGAACGGUUCAUGUGCUUGCAUCGUGUCUAUUUCUUUGCCUUCUCCUGAGCUGUAGCCAGGCAGCCAGGCAGGGACAGGACAUCAGAUGUGGAGGUACUUGUUAUCCCCUCAGCCUCAUUCCUCGGCUCAUAAAUUCACAGAAAGGGUCUUCAUGUGGACUCUCUGCUUUGUGCAGCCUGCAGGGCUCUGGUGGAUGAACUGGAGUGGGCCAUCUCCCAGGUAGAUCCAAAGAAAAUGAUCCAGACGGGAUCCUUUCGGAUCAACCCAGACGGUAGCCAGUCCAUCAGAGAGGUAAUACAGCAGCAGCAACACAGCCACGUAGUAAGCUGUCCAACCCACUCAGCAAUCAGCAAGUCGACAUCCCCUCACUACUAGAGUGCACAUGUUUAUGAACUGCUGGAAAGGUUGUCAUCUAGCCUAAAUAUUUUAGGGCCUUUUUCAGCGCCUGAACCUUUCUGUUCCAACCCUUCAAAGAGGAAGUCUCAGGAUUUUUGCUUUAUGUAUAACUUAACUUAUGUAAGUUAAGUUAUAGGGGAGAGUGGGGUAAGAUGAGCCAUUUUUCAUAUUUCAGCUCACUACAUCAAGGCAAUCAUAAUUUUGUCUCUAACUAGUGUAUCUGCAUAUAUUUCAAGAUGUUGUCUAUCCCUAUUUGCCGCAUAUUACUCAGAAAGAACUAUUAAGACUCAAAAGGACUCCUAAGUAAAUAAACUUUAAAUUGCCAGCGUACCCUUAAAAUAUGAAUAAAUGUUGGUAAUUGUUUUAAGAAUUCACCUGUGUUCACUGUCAAGAUGGUGUCACAGCAUAAAUCAAAUUUAUACUUCCAUUUAAUUUAGAGAGACCAAAAUAUGGGUUAGUUGAAUUAAUAUCUGGCCAAGUAAAUUUUCAGCACUUUAUUAUGUUAUUUGUUAAGAUGGUGUAUGAAGACAACUGAAGAGGUUUUUACCCUAAUCAAAAAAAGCACAGAUAAACCUGAAUGUUAAAGUGUGAUAAAAACUCCCAGCUAACAUUAAUGCAAUGUUUCAGUAGAAGAUAACAACAAGCUAGAAUUUACAGGGGAGUCAGCAAGAGUCUGCUGUAGAUUGAUUUUAUGUGUGAUUGAGUCGACAACUCACAUCAUCUUAUAAUUCAGUGUUUUCUGUGACGCAAUCAGGUUCCUCUGGCUCGAUCAGAAGGACACCUCCUCGAGCUGAUGGAAAAUGUGUGCGAGAGGAUGGCAGACUAUGGUGAGCACACAGAUUCCUCUACGAACAGGAAGUCAUAUAUUAGGAUAAAAUCUCGAAGUGGUGAAGCCAUGGAUCUGUCAGAGGCUACGUUGGAUUCAAGAGUUACAUCUAGUUUAAAAUUUGCAGUGAGUACAGAAUUUCUCCUCUCCUGCACUGUCUCCAAGACUCUGUGCCACAAGAUUUGGACUUGAAUUGUUUAUGAUCUUUUGUUGCUGCGAAGAGAAAUGAACUGUCUCAACUAGGAUACAUUUGUGCAACACACCCCAAAUCUGUGGCCUCUGAUUUGACUUUUUCAGCUUCUAACUUGUUCUUUUUUUCUUUUCUCCAGUGUGAGACAAUUGUUGAGCAAAAUGAAGAUGAAAUUAUUGAAUUCUUCGCUCAUGAGACAGAAAAUGUCAAAGACAAACUCUGCAGCAAGAGGACAGGUAUAUUUUUCAAAGGAUUUAUACCACUAUCUUUCACUUAUACUCUGUAUUUUCUGUAUUCUUUUCUCAUAUUUUUCCUGUCCUGUGUCCUCCACAGACCUUUGCGACCACGCUUUGAAAAUACCCCACGAUGAACUUUGACAUCAUCUCAUCGAUGCUGCAGUCUCUCUUCAGCUGAUAUGGAGACAUUAGGGUGCUGUAAUGUUUUCAGUUGUCACUCUUCACUGGUUUUCACUUGAGCAGUGGUGGAAGUUGUUCUCAAAUCUGUAUGUUACCUGAUAGAAAAUACACCUUGGGAUAAGUGUCAUUCCUGUUACUUGUGAGAAUUUAAGGACCAGUUUGGCCCGCAUCUCUUUUGUCACAUGUUUACAUGCUGUAAAUUAUUUGACUUUACGGUGCUUUGUGUCUUGGGAAGGCUCAUGUCCAGAAAUGUUCUUCACCAGAUAAAAAACCUGAACCGUGAAACUGUGAAAUCAGACAUCAGUGGCUACAGGAUUUCUCACAUGAUGCAUUAUGUAUAUAUGGUAACUUAAUUAAUUUGUGACAAGAACACAGAGAGCAGGGUAAAAUUUGGUCUUGUGGUCCUUAGAUUCUUACACAUGUAUAUUUAAGACAGUUCUGAUGCUCGCCAGUAAUUUUUUAACACAAGGAUGACUCGCUUUUUUUUUUUUGUACAAUAUCUUUUGAAGGUUAGAGGUAAAGAAGUUCAAAGCCACAAUUAAAAAGUGUUUUUAAGGUCAGUAAUGAAAACUAUUUUAGAUUUGAAUGAAUUGAUCCAACAAAUGGGCUUGAAUAGAAGUUUCCCAUGUAUUGUAUUAUCCCACUCCUGAAAGUGUGAUCCCUUUUCCCCAUCUGCGUCAGCAUCAGCAGACAGAUCAAGUGUUGCUGCUGAGGUGUGCUGAUUCUGUAUGAACUGUACGUUUUCACUCACAAUGAUCAGAUAUUUUCUAUUUAAGAAUUUCUAGAUUUACCUCAAGUUUUCAGAAAGGCAAAAAAGAAAAAUAAGGAGGUCCUUAAACUUUAAUGUGAAACUUUAAGUACAAACCUAACUUUGUUGCUUCCAGUGGCUCAUACUCAUCUUGUCAAAUCAAAAUGGAUACAAGCCAGUGUUUACGCAGAAUGACACACUCCUUAUUCAGAGAGGAAAACAUACUGACACAAAAUGGUAUCAGCUGGAGUCCUUGUGGCUUUAGGAAACGAAACAUGACAAAUCUUUGAAGAAAUGCUAUGAAACCUCGCUGCGAUCCCACAAAGGUUUUACAUUCCUACAUCACUCGAUUUAAAGUUUCUCCACUAGAGUGUGCUCUACACACACAAAAACAACACACUCUGCUGGGAAGACAUGAUGUGCUGUCAACUUACAACGAUCUCGAAGUGUUUCUGGUUUCAUGUGUUUACAUUGUGUAAUAGAAUGACCUUGCUGACUUAUGUGAACAUGUUGUUUCCACUUUUUAUAUAUAAAGUUUCCAAGUUUUCUGCAUCUGUUUAGUCUGUAAUGGGAACAUACUUUCUUAAAAAUCAACACAAAUCAACACAAUCGAGUGUCUUGUAGUUUCUAAAUAGUUUUCCGAAAGUUCUCAGUCCUAAAUCUGUUUCAUUAUUAGUCCUUUUCACAAAUAUAUUCAGUACCAACGUAAGCUGCAGUUUGGAAAUUCUUACUGAAAUUAACAGAUAAUGAGAACCAGGCAUUUUGCUGUGACAUGGCGUGACAGACUUUGAAGAAUUUUUUUUCUUUUAGCUGAGGUUUUGAAGUUCAUCCAGUUUGCAUAAAAACAUGCUUCUUCAAUAAUCAGCUCAGAACAAUGGAUUGAUUUUUACUUAAAAUAUCACCACGAAACAAUUUCAGAUAACCUCUUUUAUUAUUGAUGCAUACAUACUCCGAAUAUCCAAUCUGUUAUAUUACCUAAAAAUACUUGUUUUAAAUAUGAGUUAGUUUGAAAUUGAUAUUUUGAGUACAGAGUAUAACUACUCCUGUUUCACAAGAAUCAAUGUGUAAAAUGCACAAAGCUUGAAUACGUUUGAUUUGCUUGAUGUAACAGUCCGACAUUUUACGAUACAAUAAAAAUGUCAACAUCCAUCAAAAAUGGAAGGUUGAGGUUUAGUCCAACAAAAAAUGAAAUUGUGUUAACUUUUUAAAUAUCUGUAAACAAAUGUUUUUGAUAAAAUUACUAACUCAUCAAGCUUAAAGAAAUUUGGAUAUAACACAGGAAAGUUCUCAAAUAAAUCAGAUCAGUGUCAAUGUAUUAUUUAGUUGUCUAACUCGGUCAUCCUGUAAUUGGAAACUGCAACCUCAAGGACAAAAAGCUUUGUACAGGAAAUUUCUCCCCACCUUUGUACAUGUGUUUGCUACCCCCAACAGGCACUCCCCAGCCUAUUUAAACUCAUUUUUGGCACUCCCACCUCUAUUAUUCUGCUUCUUAGCUGCACUCUUUAUUUUUUCUUUACGGAAACAGCAUCACUCUCCCUCGGCUUUCUGGCCCUCUUCAUAAUUCUGUUCACUGAUUUCUGCCCUGGUAUCAUGUUGAAUUUCCUCCCCUUCCUCCUCAUCAGCUCCAAUAACAGUAUCUCCAGAGCUGUGGCUGCUUGUGCUACUGCAUGACAGUGUGUCUUCCUCUGUGGGUCCACAUUUCUCUGGACUCUGCUUGGUUUGUCCUUCCUGAACUUCAUCGACACCAUCUACUGUAGAAACCCCGUUCCCUGCUUCAUCAAAGUCUAUCCUCUUAGCUUUCAUGUUCUCUGUCCCGCCCUCCCCUUUGCUCUCAGGAUCCCACAGCUCACUCACUUCCUCCUCCUCAUUCUCAGAAUCAGGAGCUGUGUGCUUCCUAAUGCGAUUUACUGCAUCCCACAGUGACCUGGGAUACUGGGGCAGUUCUUUAAGGGUCAAGUCAGGAGCAUCACUUUCUCCUUCAUCCUGUUUCAAAGGAGGCAAAGAGCUGAGCGACAGGACUUGGGGUAAAUCAGAAGAAGAUGGGAGUUGUAGAUCCUCACAAGACUCUGGAGUGAAAGGGAAAGGGAAGGUUUCUGGGAUAGCCUCAGCAGGAACAGCAUCCACAUUGGGACUCAGAACUAAGGGACUGACUGAGUCCACUUCCAAAAGAGAAACCAACUCAUUGUCAGGCUUGUUUGAGGCAUUUAGUGGAGAAGGGAGCUCAGACGAUGAGAGAAUAUCCAAAUGUGAUGGGGAAACCUCAAAGUGAGGUGAGGGAGGAGAGGAGUCAGGAGCAUCAAUCAGGGGUUUGAUGUCUUGCGUAUUUUUGGUUUCCAGUUGAGUUUGAGUGUUGGUUGCGAUGUCUGUGGGAACUGUCUUUUGGGAGACAAUUUCAGGACCCUCAGUGGACUCUUUUGGUUGUUGCUCUCUGCUUAUUUGAUCUGUAAGAUCCUCACUAACUUCUUUUGGUGGCUGUUCUUCAGCCACAUGUCUCUCCUUUACCAGUUUGAUUUCCUCUUCUUGGACACAUUCAGAUUGUUGCUGAAAAAUGUAAAACUCUUCAGUAUUGUCCAUAAUGCGGCCUGAAGCAUCCUCAUCAGCUUGUUUUGUGAGUGGGCCACUGUCUUUCACACAAGAAGUAUCAUCUAACUGUUCACUUUCAAAAUGUGCCUCAGAUACCUCUCUCAUAUCUUUGGCACAGCUGUUGAAGAUUUCAUCAUUUUGCGGUUGUGAUGUGUUGCCACUUAUGCUGUUGUCCUCUGCACCAGUGGACAGUGCAUCUACCAUUUGAUCAAUAGAUGUUGAGAUGUUUGGGGACUGGUCAAUAUGAGAGGUUGAGCUCUGGGCAAACAGGGUCAAUAGAGGAGGAGGAGGUGGCAGUUGAUGAGCUAGGGUUUCAGUGAGAGAUGAGACUGCGGGAGAAGGAGCUGAAUACUGAGGGAGGUUAUCAUCUUCAACAGGCUGGUCAUCGUCAUUAUCUUUCUCAGUUGUAUACUCUCCAUUAGUAGAUCCAAGCAGAGGACUCUCAGUCAUUUUAUUUUGAAAUGAAUAUUUGUUGUCUGUUUCUGUCUCUUCAGAUGAAAGAUGCUCCUGUGAUGCUGCAAUAUCUUGAUCACCAUUAUGAUCUUCUUGAUCUUUGUCAUUAUCUUUCUCUUGCAAACAAACUGCCUCCUCAGUUUGGCUGACCUCUGUCGGAUUCUGUGAGUUUUCCUUUUCUCCCAUGCUGUCUUUUAUCUGUUCGUCUGUUUCACAGCUGCUAUUAUCCUCAGUUGGAGGAGUAUCAACUUCCUGGUUCUCCAAAAACAAGUCAAGGCGUGAUGAUGUGACUGCGGGUUGUUGGUCAAUGAUGCAGUCCUGGAAAGGGAUACCAAGGAUCCUCUCAGCGCGUUCUGCCAAGGUUUCUCUGUUAGGAACCAAAGAUGGCAUUGAUAACAUCAUCGUGGGAAAAGAAAUUUCAGUGUCAGACUCCAAUUUUUCCUUUGGAUCUGAGUCUGGUUGGGUCUCAAGACCCUCGCUGAGUUGGAGGGGGUUAGUCUUUGCAUUUUGGUCAGUUGUACCUUCUUGCCUUACAUGAUUUUUUGAUUGGAAAGCUUCAGUCGAAGUUGUCAGGGAAAUAUCAGGUGGAAUGUUUUCAGUGUUUGGCAUUAAGUGUAAAUAGUGGACGUGCUCUUUCUUUGGUGAUGGAAUCAGCUCCAUUUUGACAAGAACACAGGUUGUGUCUAUAACCAGUAGGUCGUUACUGUCUUCAGACUCCGUGGCUUUCGUGAUGUCCAACCUCCUUACUUCAAUGUCAAUUGGAUGAACUCUACCAGAGUCCUUUUGGUUUGGCAAAUCAUCUGAUUUUGCUUCCUCGCUGCUCGUCUUUGAACAUAUGACUGGACUUUCGAUCUCAGCUCUACUUGCUAAACCAGGCUCCCUCCACAAAGGGUACUUGACAGACACAGGCUGCAUUGACUGAGAAACCUGUCUAGUAAAUGAAGACUCUUCAUUAUCAAGACUUGUCACUGAUUCAUUUGACUGAUUAUCUACCAGUGUGUCAUCAUGCACAAAAGUUGGCGUUUCUUUCUGUUCAUCUUGGAGACUUCUUGAGUCAGGAGUAACUGACUGCUCUCUAAGUGUAGGGGCCUUGAAGUCUACCUCAUCAGCAAGUUGGUCAUCGUUAUUCUCCAGAUUUUUGGAAACCUCUCCUGAUUUUGUGUUUUGAAUGUUUGCUUGUGAGGCACAUAGUGGCAAAGAUGGUGUUUCUGAGGUUCCUGCUAUUCGGGACACCAAGCAGAAUAUGGUCAUCCCACCUGUCUUUUUAUUUAAUCUGAACUUUCUUCCCUCAAUGACUUUGAAGAAUGAGUCCUCAUUGAUCCUUUUUUUCUGCACUGCUGGUAAAAUUUGUGGCUGUUGUGGAGACAACAAAUCCUCAUGCUGUAUGUUUGUUGUCUCAGUACUGUCAGCACUGCUUGGCUGAAAAGCAUCUUUUUCAUGUUGUCUUUGUUUCAGUCCUUCAAGUCCUAGGUGGGUAUUUUGAUUCCCAUCUGCUUGCGUACAGUCCUCUUUUUCAACUUUUCUUUGACCAAGCUGUUCACCAGCGACAAACUGCUUCUGGGGUGUGACCUGUGACCAUUGUGAUUGCCUCUUACCUUCUUUCUCCAAACUGGAGUCACAUUGGUGCAAUUCAGGUGAACUUUUAUGUGAGCUGUUGUAGGGAGGUGGAGCGAUAUAGCCAGGAGGUUGGCUGAACAUCCGACCUUGGUAGCUGACCUUUUCUUUCAUGUCCAACAUGUGGCUUGUGUCCCUGGCGGAUGUUUGCAGUGGAUAAUGGUUUGGACCUUGCUGUCUACCUCCCCUGUCCCGGUGUCCUGAUUCUCUGAUGUUUGCAGAUUGUAUGACUUGUUGAAGCGCUGCUACUCGUGGGUCUGUUAUGCCUCUGCUGCUGUCUCUGCUCUCUAACAAACUCUGGGAGGCACCCCUCAACCCUGCUUCCAUACGUUUCCUCCUAGGAAGUGAAUGGCUGUAUCGGAGUGCCCAAGCCUCCAGCUCUCUGUAGCUGCUGUCAUUCCUUUUCGUUGAAAUUUCACAGUUGUAACGAAUAGGACUACAGAGCUCCCACCUCUUUUGCCAUCCCUCCCUUGGGUAACCUCCGUCAUAGUCCCUUGCUGCUCGUUGAGUUGCUGCCCAGUCUCUGCCUCUUGCUUCAGGCUGCUGAUAUUCUCCCAGAUCCCGGUGCUGCUGAGGAUGAUGGUCAAGGACAAAAGGGAAUUGUGAAGACACAAGACUAGUUAAAUCUUGGUCUGUCCAGUUAGUGUACUCAUGUGGGGUCCCUCCUGUUCUUGAUCCCUGUGCAGUCCAGUAACUUGACUCCCUGCCUUGAUCUUGUUGCACACUGUAGUACAAUGGAUAGUGUGUUUCCUGAUGUCUGUCAUUGUAGCUGUGGGUAAAAUGGUUGAAAAAUGUCUGAGUACACUGAUAAGAUUUUACAAAGCAGCUUAUCCCAUAUGCUGUUUAAAAAAAAUCUUACAAAAACUGGCACUGUGUGAACACUUGAUGUUGAAGUUAGUCAAGGGUUACUUUGGUCCGCAUGGGUGCAGCUAAUACGACAACAAACUUAAGCAAAUACUUUUUAGUGUAAUUUUUUAAAGUUUGGUACCAACACAGCAGCGCUUAAAUUAAUGGCAAUUAACUGACUGAAAACUUAACUGAUACACCACACUCACUUAUGUGCAAAGUUUCGUCCAGGAACAGUACCCGGUUUGGAGUAAAGUGAUGGUCGCCCCUGGUUCUCAGUCCAGAGCUCCAUUUUCACAGAUCUGAAAUUAAGAGUUUUAAGCGUACACUACGUUGUGAAGUUAUGUCUAACCUGCCAUUUGAUUUUGUUACAUGUUAACUGAGAGAAAGGUAAACACACACACACAACGUACCUUUAAUAGCAGUUUUCAGAUUAUUGUCCUUGCUGCACAUGAGAUGACAGGAGGUCUAAUGAAGCCCAAACAGGAUUACUUGUUUUAAAGGAUGGUGUUUUUUUCAGCCCCCCUCCCACUACACAAACACACUCACACUCACACACAAAUUUCUCUGUCACUGUGAGCCCACCUCCUCUGACACAGCCAAUAUACGCUUUUAACAGACCACUGCAAAGCUGUCCCAAUCAGUUUUUAAAAAAAUAGUAUCAUUUGAUUGAUCAUUUCUAUUUAAAGUCACACAAAACUUAAGGUAAGAUAGAUAUGAUUUAUGUUUUAAAAGUGUGUGUUAAAAUAACAGAAAAAGUCCAGUUUAUAAAUUCAGAAGGAAAACUUUUAAUGUGCUUGCAACAUUAUAAUUUUUUACAGCUGCAAAGUCAUUACGAUUUUAUUGUAGCUGGAAUAAGGAUAAUUUUUAACAAUUAUAAAACCAAAAACUACUUUUACAGCCUUAUUUAGAGUAAGUCACAGCGCACUUCAUUUUUAUGUUUUUAAUUCUAUAUAUUAUGAACUGAAAAUCUUACCUUUUGGCUCAUAUAACACUGUACUUCCUUUUUUUCAAGCUACAUAUAAUUUUCAUACCCAUGCCCAACUGAUCAAGUAUAAUAACAAAGUCAAUGACCGGCCUUUUGCACAACAGUCAGUGAGUGGUGCUUGGCCUGAUGGGGAGCAGACUGCGCAUGGAGAUACGAUCUGUUGUUUUGUCGGCUGAAUUGUAGCAGAGGGAGAGACAGGCAGCGGAUGCAUUUGAGUCCCUUUCUUUGAAACUCUCCAGCGUAACAAACAGGCUUUCCUUCUCUGAACAGAAAGUCUGUACAUCAGCAGGGAGCAGGAGUGAGGGGAUGAAGUAUGCACAGACAGCGGGCUGCAGGGAGGGCAAUCUGUUGAUGUUGACAGAAUAGUUGGGGAUGGGAUGGACUUUGUUUGGGGAUUUGUUUGUCCCAAUUUAAAUAGACAACAUUCUAUUGAAUAUCAGCUGCCUAUACACCACCAGAUAAACAGGAGCUGUUUUGAUUUAGACCGUACAUUGAAUUGAAGAAUAUCGUCUGUUAAAAGCAGGGUGCAGAUUAGGAAACAACGCAACAAAAACAGGGAAUAGAGGAGCUUAAACCACAGAAAUAAACAAAAAUGAAUAUAAAUAUCUGAUUCUAAUCAAUGCUCAUCAGGCUACAAAACCAAUAGGUUCUUUAUUUACUCAAGCAAAUUGGUACUAAUACCAUCAUCUAGUGUUGAAAGAACUGGAGUUGAUUUGAAACCAUGUAAAACAUUUUUGACAAUAUAUACACAUUUAUGACUAAAUGAACAACAAUCUAUGUUUGACGAGAGAGAUGCUGAGGUAUCAUUGAUUGAUUAGUGCUUUAUUAGGACAUCGGUCAUUUGAUCAGACUCGAUAGACAAUGUCCUGUCAGAAAAGCAUCCAAUAGCAAUGAUAUGAUGUGAAUGUGUCAAUGUGAUAUGAAAUCUAAUAACAGUUUAAGUGGUUUUAAGACUAGAGAGGAUGCUGUAUAUUCACAUUUUAUUUCCUGUUUACCAUUUUAUAACUUAAACAGGAAUAUAGUUUUCAUGUGGACACUCAAACAAUUAGUUAUAGUAGCUUUCAAAGCUGUGAUAAUGUAAUAUGUUAACACUGCAAUUUUAAUGUAAUGAUGCUCAAACCUCAAGGGAAACUGCAUACCAAAAUGAACCAGAAUGUGUGAAAUUUUCAGCAAUAGUUUACAUACUUCUUUACUAGGAAGGCAAAGCUGGUGAGACUUUGUCAGUGUAUUCAGACAGAAUCAGAAUUACAAUUAUAUGAAGUGUUUAAAAAGAAAAGAAGAAGAGAUGAAAAAAAGAACUUUAAAUCUCCAGUCAUGUGAUUAAGAUAAAAUGAAUGAAGCAACCUGAGCUGUUCCCUGAGAUGUCUGAAUUUAAGAACAAGUCAAGACAUGAUGAGGAGCUGGAACAGGUCACUGUGAUUGUUGUCUGAUGUUUAGACUUUGUUUACCAAGCAAAAUGUUCCUGAGACAUAAGCAUGAAAACAUGCACUUCUUUUUGUUGGAAAGGGAGCUCUAACGGCAGAACUAUCAGUUUCACAAAAAAGUAGGAGAAUACAUGAUGUAAAAUGUUAAAUGGGGAAUAAAAAUCACAACUAUUUUAGGAUCCAGUUAAUCAAACAGAACAUUUCAAACAGAACAUUCUCUCAUCACCAGAUUUCUUCAAAACAUUUAUUUUUUUUCACAAAUACAUACUUUUAGUGAUAAUAAAUAAAAGAUAAAUAGGAUAUUACAGAUGUUUCACAAGAUAAGAUAAAUAACCUGCAAAAUAAAUAGAAUUCACAAACUCAAUUUAGACCUGUGACCAAACCUUUGGACAACUGAUCAACUUAGGCUUUAAUCCUCAAACAGGAAACUCUAGAGUUUGAAAGUGUAUUCAAAUAUUUUGAGCAAGCUGUUCUUACAAUGAAAAUAAUCUAAAUUUGCAGCCAAAACAAAGUAUUGAAAGUUAUCAGUGUUAAGUGACAGUCACGUCACUUGACUGAAGUUUGCACUUUGCAAACAUCAUUGUGUCUGAUUUGAUAGCGUUAUUUUUGAAACUCUUAAAAGACACUGAAUAUAUCAGUCAUGAAUGGUCUCGACACAGCCUCUAAUAUGUCUCAGGUUUGUAGUAAGUUGUUCUUGCUGUUCCAGGUCUCACUUCAGAGAUGCUCUGUAUAUAUUCAUAUUUUCUUUUUCAUCACGGUGCACAAGAUCCACCUUAAAUCUGCCUGGCAGAUAAUCCUCAUAAAAACGAUGAGUCCCAUGCUCUUCCCGCAUUUUAGAUGACAGAUAUACCAGACCUCCACUCUUGCACAGAUGAGCUAGAGUUUCUACCAGCAGUGGGUAAGUCUCUGGAAGGUAAACAAUGUCUGUCCCGAGGAUCAGUUCCCAAUCAGAGGAGAAGUUCAUUUGGUCCUCACCCCAGGACAGAGGGAGGACAGUGGGCUGGGUAUUAGGCCAACCACUGGGUGGCAUAUUAGCAGAGACGUUGGCCUGCAGUUGAGGGAGAGCCAAGGGAAGGUCUGUGAGUGUCACCACUGCACCUGAAAAAAUGAAUGAAGAUAAAAACAAAUGUUAAGUUAAAAUGAUGAAUGUUGGUACUACACAUGAUCAAAGUUUCAGAUUGUAAGGUUAAUAUGUGUUUAAGUAAUCCUCUGAUGGGACUACAAAGGGGCUCUGAAUGACUUCAGAAUUCAGCAAGAUCAAUAUGAGAUAUGCUCAAUUUGUGACAUCACCAGACAGUGCAUCUCCUUAAAAGGGCAAAUGAUGCAUAGUAAGUGUAAUAUCACCCCUUUCAGAUGCACUGAUUAUUAAAUUGUGUUUUGCACUGCAGAUAGUUUUGUUUUUUUACAGAUGCAACAUCCAGAAAGCAAACACGUGUGGUGUGUUUUAAAACAUUUCCAGGAUACUCUGGCAUUGAUGAAUGGCUGACAGUGAAGUAUUUGCAACAGUGGUACCACGGGAGCAACAUGUGCUUUGGCAGCUGCAGUUUAAUGGGCUUCUGGUGUAAGCAACUUUGAGUUUCAGGUCUGUAUGAGAAGCUGGUUGUGAGUCGAUGGAAAAACAUGAGCUGACUCAAGAAGUAACUUUGUGUACAAGCAGCUUGUAAAUGUUCAGGAGCCUCUGACAGGGUAAAGGCUACGGUGGCCGAGAACCGCCACUGUUGCAAAUUUUUUUUUAAAAUGAAAAAAAAAAAAAGGAGUCACAAUGAUACUGAUGCAAAAAAGUAGAGAUGCAAAAAAAAAGACAAUUAACUUCUGUGAAAAUAAAAUGAUGCAAAUUAAAAAACCACAAGGGAAGUGAGCUACCGGGGACCAAUAAUGAUGAUGCUCCACUUUUUUUGUUGUUGGUUUCCGUUGUGGCUUUUUUUUUUUUUUAAAUCUGCAUCGUUUCUUUUUUUAUUUGCAGCGGGCUUUGGUUUCUUUUUCUUUUUUUGCAUUGGUAACUUCUGUUGUGAUUUCUUUUUUUUUUUUUUUUGCAUUCUUUUUUAUUAGCAGCAGUGGCAGUUCUUGGCCUCCAUAGCAGGCUAACUGGUAUGAACCCCAUGUCAAUGGCUUGUCAUCUAACCAAAGCCCGUAGUAACGUACCCAUGCAGGCAGCCAGUAUACCGACCACACCGGUCCCUGCUCCCAGCUCAAUGACACGCUUUCCUCUCAACUCCACAGACUGCUCUUCAAAGUAACGACACAGCUGUAACGCCUGUGCACACACAUUAAAACAUAUUUUCAGUAUCAUGUCACACUAACACAAAAAGACAUUGCAAGCACGGACUAGACUUGUCCUUACAGCUUCCCACACUGGGGCAGCCACACCGAGGUUCCCCCCAAACACCUGUCUGAUCCUCAGCUGCUGCCCACAUAAACUGUAAACGGUGUCUUGACAAAAUGUGUCGGCAAAAAGGCAGUCAUCUACGGGGAACGGGUCGUCUUCAUCCUCAUUACAAAUCAUCGUUGGUUUGUCAAACCGGCAUAUGGCUAGCAGUGUGUUUGCGAUCACGCAGCACGCAACCACAAGCUACAACUCACAGUAAAACUUCUUCCGGGUCCAUACCUUGGUAUUUUAAUUUGAAACUGCAAUAUUAGAGACGGGGGAAAGAAACACUACUCAUACAAUUCAUCUGAAAUUUACAUUAUCUCUUAACUUUAUCACUUUGGCAACUUAUGAUGCAAUUUAGAUAUAAAUUCAAGGCUAUACUUAAGAUUUUAUUUUGAAAAUAAAAUUAGUUUCCGGGUUACUGUACCCAUCGUCUGUUCGCACAAGUCUAAUGUUCCUCGGCUCUGGGUCUUAAGGGGAUAUUUGUGCGUAAAAUUAAUUUAGGGUCAAACACACCGUAACACCGAGUUAGACACCCCCUCGAAAAAUGAAUGUUGCCGACCGCUUUCUUCUCUAGUUAUACCAGCUUUAGUAAUGACCGCACGAAAGCAAUACAGAGAGCCACGCGCUCAUCCAAAAGCC